CUUCUCGAACCUUCCUCUUCGGAGGCCUCUCCCCAACCCCCUGCUUCCCAUGGCGGACGCCAGCGCCGUGACGCGGACGAGGUACACGCGGGGCGAGCUCGAGGCGCUGAGGGCCGCCCCGUCGGAGGAGGCGCAGGCGAGGGUUUGGGCCGGGGUGUGCGCCGCCCUCGCCGCCGCCGGCUUCUCCGGGGAGUACGACGCGCUGGCGGACGCCGAGGGUGCGUCUACUAGGAAGGCGGGGAGGAAGGGGAAGAAGGCCACCGGGGGCGGGUGGAGGCAGCACGACGCGGCGGCCCCGCUCCUGGAAACGGAUGAGAUCGGUGGCUGGAGGAGUGGGGAUUCAGGGCUCCGCUAUGAGCAAUACGGGGAUGAGCCUCGUUCUGUGCUUCAGGGGAUUGAGGAGCCGUUUGAUCAGGGUGGGAAUAUGGAGUACGAAGACAAUGACAGCGACGAUGAUUAUGAUGGCAUUUUGAAGCCUGCCUUUGCGGUUGAUGGGGAACCUGAUUUCGAGUCGGGUGAUCCGGUCGAUGGAUUCGAGUACCUUCGGCGUGUCAGAUGGGAAGCUAACCAAAUUCCUAGAGUGAAGGUGGCGAAGAUAGAUUUGAGUACACCUAGAAAUGAACAGACAACUUACAUGCCUGAAAUUCCUGAUAUACCAAAGUGCUCUCCUGAUUUGUCUGCGUCAAAGCACUGGGAAGAUACAUUUAUUACAUAUUUUUCUGAGACAAGACUGGCAUUUUCAGAGCUUGAUAGCUCAGACGGACCAUCGGUUUCUGGUGGAAUGAAGAACUCAUUGAAACUGAACAACAAAUCUGAGCCACAGACUGACCCAACACUGACCAUGAUUCGCAACAUGGAUGCUGUUUCAAGAGCUGCAACGCUACGGAACUACAUCUAUAUGAUUCAAAGCUUGGAUAAACUAUCAAGGAAUGACUGCCUGUGGCUGUUUGCGCUGUGUGUUGCGGUGGACACUCCCUUGGAUGCAGAGACAUGUGCUUCUCUGAGGUCUCUGCUGCGCAAGUGCGCAAACAUCCUCGCCACCAAGUCGGUGAUGGACGAUGAAGUUGCCAUGCUGAACAUUCUGAUCGCAAUCGCAGGAAGGUUCUUUGGACAGUAUGACAAUCAUUAGGUUGGCAAAGUUACCAUCUACUGACGUCUCCGUUUUGUUGGUAUGCUUGGCGAAAAGUUUUGUAUCACCCUAUAUAGUCUACAGCGUAAUGGACACUACCAGUGUUCCCUGAAAUUCUGAAUGCCUUCAUCGCUCUAAUGGCUAAUGCGCAAGACCCCUUGAGAUGGGUGUGGUAAUUUCAAUUUCACGCCUACAGUAUGUUUUUCAUAGUCUAUCAUAUCUUUGCAGAGACUACGACUUUUCAAAUCAAAAUAACUGACUUCUGGCUAGAAUUAAGUCAUUCCUCGUAGCGUUUUGUUGAAGUUUCCAUACUCUCCUGCUCAUUAAUAUUUUCUCACAUCUGCUAAAUUUUCUAAAACUGAAAUUAUUUCUGUGUACGAUCAAUCUACUGCAACUUUCCUG